AUGAAGUCUUCGCUUGUUGUGCUCUCGGCCGCCUUUGGCCUGGCCGCCGCUGUGCCUCGCCACAACCACCAUGCUCACCACCAACACCAUCAGGACAUGAAGCGUGACGCUACCGCAACUGAGAACGUCGACGUCUUUGUCGCCGGUCCCACGGUUGUCAUGUACUCGCUCAACGGCAACAUCAUCUCCGAGUCUGAUGUUCUCGAGGGUAUCAAGAACGGCACUCUGGUUUGGGCCAAUGGCGCUCCCUCUCUGGCCGACCCCUCGUCCUCGGUUGUGUCCUCGACCUCUUCUGCCGUCGCCGCUGCCAGCACGACAUUCUUCACUUCAACCUCGUCCAGCUCUUCGUCAGCCUCGAGCUCAACCAGCAUCUCGAUCAGCACUAGUGUUUCUUCAUCCCAGCAGAGUGCCACGUCCUCUGCAGCUUCGUCGUCGUCGACCGGGCUCGACACUUCUUUCCCUGACGGAGAAAUCGACUGCUCUGACUUCCCCUCCGACUACGGUGCUCUCUCUCUUGACUACCUCGGUCUCGGUGGCUGGACUGGUGUCCAAUCGCCCGGUUUCGGAAGCUCCNUUCUCGGUCUCACCAACAUCAAGACCGUGACCCACUCCAACUGUGGAGGAAGCGACUGCUGCGCCGAGGGCAUGUACUGCUCUUACGCCUGCCCUGCAGGUUACCAAAAGGCUCACUGGCCCACUACCCAAGGCUUGACUGGUCAAUCUGUUGGUGGCCUUCUCUGCAAGAACGGCAAGCUCUACAAGACCAACCCCAACCACGACACUCUUUGUAUCACUGGUUCUUCCGAGGUCACCGUCCUUGUUCGCAACGAGAUGUCCUCGAGCGCUGCUGUCUGCCGCACUGACUACCCUGGAACAGAGUCUGAGACAGUCCCCGUUACUGCCAACCCUGGCAGUGUUGCAAACCUGACUUGCCCCGAUGCCACCUACUACCAGUGGACCGGCAAGACCACCUCUGCUCAGUACUAUGUCAACCCUGCUGGAGUCUCGGCUGAGGAUGGCUGCCAAUGGGGUUCUCCUGCCAACCCUUGGGGUAACUAUGCUCCUCUCAACCUUGGUGUUGGUUACUCCAACGGCGCUGCAUGGCUUGCCAUCUUCCAGAACGCUCCCACCACCGAUGAAAAGCUCGACUUUACCAUCACCAUCGAGGGUGACAACAUGAACGGUUACUGCAGAUUCAAGGAUGGACAGUACUGCAGCGGCAAGAACUACGACUCAUGCAGCUCUACUUCUGGCUGCACUGUAAGUCUUGCUUCGUCUGUCUAA